GCACCGGGUGUCCCGCCCGAGCCCCCCCGCCAGCACCGGGGGUCCCGGGGGGGCACAGGGGCAGCGCUGGGGUCGGGAUAAAGGUGCUGGUGGUUUUGGGGGAGGGGGAUCCCCAGCUUUGGACCCCCCCAAAAGUCCGGCUUGACGCCCCCAGCCCCACCCCGAUGAUCCCCGGGAAUUUUUGGUGGGAAAGGCCCCCCCAUCCUCCCCUCCCCGCAGCCCCCCCGAGGGAACGGGGGGUGGGGGUGGGACUGAGGGGACACCGGGGGGGUUGUGCUGGGCUGGGACCCCCCCGGUGGCUGCCAGGGAGUGACAGCGGCCAGGCCCUGGUGGCACUGAGGGUCCCCUGGCUGUGCCACGGCACGGGGACACCCUUGGGGACAUCUUGGGGACACCCAUGGGGACACCCUUGGGGACAUCUUGGGGACAUCUUGGGGACACCCUUGAGGAUAUCUUGGGACGUUCUUGGGGGCAUCCUUGGGGACAUCUUGGGGACACCCUUGAGGAUAUCUGGGGACGUUCUUGGGGGCAUCCUUGGGGACACACUGGGGGCCAGCCGUGUGCAGGGUGUGACAGGGGGGACAGGACGGGGCCAGCGAGGGGCGAGGCCGGAGGGAUCAGUCCAGGGCUGUGUCCGUCCCUCCUGGGGGUCUGUCCGUCCUUCCAGGGCUCUUCCCGUUCUCCCGGUGGUUCUCCCACCCUCCCGGGGGUGUUCCCGUCCUCCCGGGUGCUGCCCCCCCGCCCGGGCCGGCUGGGGGAACGUUUAAUUCGGGGCUUUAUCCACAAACACUCCCGGGCUAAAAAUAUCCCGCCGGAGCCGCUUUGCCUUUUUUGACGGGAUCCCGGCCGGGGCAGCGCCCGCGGCUCCCGCUCGGUGCCAGUUGUGCCACCUGGAUCCGGGGGACACAAGGCCUGGGGACCCGGAUCCGGGUGUCCGGAGCCUGGGAAUUCCAGAUCCUGGGAAUUCCAGAUCCUGGGAUCCCCAGAUCCUGGAGAUUUCACAUCCUUGGAAUUCCAGAUCCUGGAGAUUUCACAUCCUGGGAAUUCCAGCUCCUGGGCUCCUCAGCUCCUUGGAAUUCCAGCACUUGGGAUCCCCAACUCCUAGGAAUUCCAGCUCCUGGGGGAUCCAAUUCCUGGAGAAUUCAGCUCCUGGGGUCCCAAACUCCUGGGAAUUCCAGCUCCUGGAGAUUCCAGCUCCUCGGGGACCUGUUGGAAUGGACGAGGGGCCAGGGGGGCACCUCAGUGGCCGUGAGCCGAUGAGUUUCCUCCCGCUCCGCUGACGGAUGGGGGCCGGGCGGGGCGCCGGGGGGGCCGGAGGCCGCUGCCCACGGGCCCCGGCCGGCCGGAGGGAGCUGCCCGGUGGGCCCCGGUGCCGGGCCCCCCCCGGCCCCCCGGCCCUGGAGGGCACCUCGGUUCUCGGCCCCUGCUCGUGGCAGAGCCGCGGCUGGCGCAGCCCCGCGGGGCAGGAGCAGGAGGAGGAGGAGGAGGAGGAGGAGGAGGAAGAGCAGGAGGUGGCCGCUGUCCCCGGGGAGCCGCCACAGCCCGACCCCGCUGUCCCGGCAGCGUGUGGCAGCAGCGGGACGAGCCUCGAGCAUGAGCUGACCCCGGGAGCUGAAGCUCUGCCGCUCCCGGGGAGCCCCCAGGCCGCGGGCAGGGCUCACCGGGACUGGCGGCUCAGCCCUGGUGACAGCAUGGCCAUCAGUGUCCCCUGCGGUGUCCCCUCCGGUGUCCCCUCCGGUGUCCCCUGCGGUGUCCCCAGCAGCUCCAGCCUGGCCGAGGUGCUGGCCUGGUGGCAGUCGGACGCCGAGGAGAUCCUGCACGGCCUGGGCUUCGUGGGGAGCGAGGCGGGGGUCGCGUCCCGUGUCCCCCCGCGCUUCUUCUCGGCCCCGUCCCGCGCCAGCGGCAUCGACCUCGGGCUCUUCCUGCGGGCCCAAGUGCGGCGCCUGGAGAUGGAGGACCCGUGUCUGCUGCUGGCCAGUCGCUUCCAGCAGCUCCAGGCCCUGGCUGCCACCGCCGACGCUUUCUUCUGCCUCUACUCCCGAGUGUCGCGGACCCCCCCGCAGCGCAUCGCCCCCCCCCGGCCCUGUCGCGACAUCCCCGUGUCGCGACCCGGGCAGCGCCUGAAGCGCGCGGUGUCCUCGCUGUGCCUCUGCACGGGGGGGGGACACGGCGACAUCCCCCGGGGGGCGACCCCCGGUCCCCGCGGCGCCCCGGGCACGGGCGGUGCCCCCGGGGGCUGCCGGGGGGACGGUGACACCGGGCGGUGCUGGCGGUCCCCGAGGCCACCCCCGGCCUGGGGACACCCCGAGCGCGGCCGGGGGGUUCGGGGGCGCGGGGGGGCUCCGUGCCCGGCGAUGGCAGCGCGGGGGGACACGGGGGACACGCGGGGCGAUGUCACCGUGUCCCCCCCACGCGCCAGCAGGGUCGGGGUCACCCCCGAGCGCCCCGCGGGGCCGCGACCCCCCGGGAGGGUCCCCGCGACCCCCGAGCCCCCGGGAGCGGCGGAGUCCUCGGAGCUGGAGGAGGUGAGGAGGAGGAGGAGG